UCUAAAUAAACUUUGGAGUUCAGAGAGGGGGAGAGAGACGGCAGUCAUCAUAGUGAUCGAGAGAGGGGGAGAGUGAAUGAGAGGUGGUACGCGAGCGCGCAGCAAAGAGACAGAAACUUGUCCAACGGUGAUGAUGCAGACCAGUGAAACUUUCUAUCCGAACCCGCGGUAUUUGUAAUGACAAAACAAAGCAAGGGGAUGUUUGCGUUUCGGGAGAUUUCGCACGGCAAACAAUAAGUUUCAGUGAAAUGUUAAUUCGUGUAUCUCGCACGCCGGGCGCAAAAGAGUAACCAUCGCAAUUCCCACCUGGACGCGCUGAAAACUUCAAUAGUGGAUCAGAGGGGAAUACUUGGAGAUGAUACAUUUCAUUUGAUCACCAUGGCGGGCUUAAUUUGAUAUUUUUUCAGUUGCUCUCCCGUUUGCUCAACCUCUUCUCGAUGGAAAACUAGCAGUGGUACAUACACGGAUUGAUCCCACAAUGCUGCUGCCGAGAUGGCCCAGGUGCAUUUGGGCCUUCGUAAGUGCUGUUUCUCUCGCUCCUGAGCUGGGUUGGAAGUUUAAUUGUUUUUAGGAAUCAGUAACGUGUUACCAGAAAUCAGCGAAACUACUGUCACAGGUUGGCGGAGGACAUUGAUAUUGACACGACAAGCAUCACCCUCAUCCCUGGGUUACUAUGCAAUUACAACUGAUCUCCUUUGUUUUGAUCUUGCACUGUAUGGAGUACAUUAAUUGCCAGCAACACACCUCCAGGCACCGGCCACACAAACAGAGCAUGAGCUCGGGGUGUCAGAGCGGGUGCCUGACGUGUUCGGAGUACAACGGCUGCCUGUCCUGCAAGCCGCGGCUCUUCAUCUUCCUGGAGAGGAACGGCAUGAAACAGACCGGUGUGUGUCUGCCCUCCUGUCCAAGUGGUUACUAUGGCACCCGCUCUCCUGACAGAAACGACUGCACUAAAUGUCGGCCGGAGUGUGACUCCUGCUUCACCAGUAACUUCUGCACCCGCUGCCGCCCUGGUUUCUAUCUGCACCAGGGGAAGUGCCUGCAGACCUGCCCAGAAGGCAGAGUGCCCAGCACUGCCCAGCGGGAGUGUGUACUUGAGUGUCCAACAGACUGCGAAAGCUGUGCCAACACUGACACGUGCACCAGGUGUGCGGAGGGAUUCUUCCACCUGCAGGGGAAGUGCUACGACACCUGCCCUGAAGAGUACGAGCCCAGCGACCUGCUUGUGGAGUGCAUCCCUCAAGUGCACUGUGAGGUGGAGGAGUGGAGCGAGUGGAGUCCCUGCUCCCGUCGAGGCAAGACCUGCGGCUUCAAGCGGGGUGAGGAGACAAGAACCCGCACGGUCCUGAGGACCCCCUCCCCGCACGCCAACCCCUGCCCCCCCACACACGAGAAGAGGGACUGCGUGGUGAAGAAGAAAAAGUGCCCAGGCAACGGAAAAAGAAGACCAGACAGGAGAAACCGCAACAACCGAAGGGACAAGGAGAACCAGGAGAGCCGUCACGAGAGAAAGCGAGUGAGGGAAAAGGAGAGGAAGCCCGUUACAGGUGGAGAACGGGAGGACUCGGAAAUCAGGAACAAAACGGAGCGGCGACGUCGGAGGGGCCACACCAGAAGCCCUAUCUCUGUGGAUGGAGACCCUGGGCAGUAGAGGGCCCUGGAUCCCCCUCAAGCCCCCACCCCCUCGCCUCUCGCCCCCUUAUCCCCUUGCUUAGGGGGCGCUGCUGCUACCUGUAUAAUUUAAAUAUAUACUGUAUAUGCACAAGAGAGGGAAAGGGGCAUCAUGGUACAUGAUGACAGACAUGGGUCCACCACGAACACUUGGGUUGACCUAAACCCCAGGCCACACCCCCCCCUGAGAUGUUCUAACAGCGAAUUAGAGACCUUUGAAAUGAAUAUGCUGUUGGCUGCAUUAGUGAUGGGACAGAGGAGACGGCUGCCAGAUAGGAGGAACUGUGUGGGAACUGUGUGUGUCUUUUGUUGUGUCAGGACGAUGUUGUGUUUGGUGAAUCUGUUAUCUAAAAAUAAAUAAAAAAAUAGACCCUACCCAACUCCCACCACCCUGCCCCGGUACAGCAUCGCGCCAUGGUUUGAAUGUAGGUUUUAUGUAGAACAUCGAUAGAACGUCAAUACUUCUUUCUUGAUUAAAUUAAAAGUGAGCAUGCUUGCCGGCAUCUUGGACAUUGCCUGUGGGUGAGAGCAAGCUCUACUGACUGCAUGUGGAUUGGUGUAUAUAUGUGUAUAGGGCAAAAGAACCGGUUGUUUCGUUUUUGUUUUUAUGAUUGUUUUCUUGCUCAGUGCCCUCAGAACAAAGUGUUGGUUUGCCUGUCUGUACUCACAGGAUCUGUUCUUCUGGAGCCAUCUGAUCAAAAGUCAAAAAGCACCUGUACUUCAAAUAAAAUAUAUUACAUUUUGA